GGGGGUUUCUGGACCGGAACUGCAGUCGCGGCCGCUCAUCUACGCGUGCUGCGGAAAGGAGCGCCAUAUAUAAGAGUCGCGAACUUGGCUACGAUGAAAAUCCGAAAGGGGGAAAACAGGAGGAUGAGAUCGUCCCUUUCGCCGACGAGAAGAGGACUGGCUGUAUUAGCACUAUCAUAGAUUUCCUUCCCCUUGCUCCCGAUUUUCUGACUCUGAAGAACAAUGCCGCGCACGAUCAUCCGGAAUGCUCGACUCUUCACGAGCACCGACGACUCGGAAAAUCUCGUCCCGGGGUGUCUAGUGUUUCAGGACGGGGUGAUUGAAUACGUCGGCCCAGAGGAGGAGGAUGAGGGAUCAAAGGCGCUCUCGCAGGCCCUGGGCUCCGAUGGAAGCAGUGCCACAGAGAUCAUCGACGCCGCCAACCGCGUGGUGACGCCGGGCUUCAUCGACGCGCACGUCCACAUGCUGCACUUCGGGCUGUCGCUGGGCAAGCUGGACAUCAUGGCGUGCACGACCCUCGAGCAGAUCCGGGCGAAGAUCCACACGUUCGCGGCCUCGCACCCGUCGGCGCCGCGGAUCCUGUGCAAGGGCUGGAUCCAGGCGUCGACGGGCGGCCACGCGCUGGCGGGCAUGCUGGACGACCUCGACCCGCGCCCGAUCUACGUCGAGGCCCUGGAUCUGCACUCGGUGUGGUGCAGCUCGGCCGCACUGACGGAGCUGGGCGUCGACGCGGCGACGAAGGAUCCUCCGGGCGGGACGAUCCACCGGGACGCGCAGGGGCGGCCGUCGGGAUUGUUGGACGAAGGCGCCCUGCCGUCGCUGGUCUGGCCGUUCCUCUCGAAAACGCUGACCGCGGAGCAGAAGCAGGCGGCCCUGCACGAGGCGGUCUCUGCCUACACGCAGGCAGGGUACACCGGGGUGAUCGACAUGGCGAUGGACGAGGACGAGUGGGACGCGCUGGAGACAUACCGCGCGCGCAACGGGCUGCCGCUGCACGUGGCGGCGCACUGGCUGAUCCCGUACAGCGACUCGGAGCGAGAGAUCCAAGCGUCCCUCGACAGGGCGAUCGCGAUGCACGGGAAAUUUCCCCCGUCGGCGUCCCCGUCCUUCUGCGUCGUCGGGAUCAAGCUGAUCGGCGACGGGGUCGUGGACAGCUGCACGGCGGCGCUGAGCCAGCCGUACGGCGCGAGGCGGGACCCCGUCGAGCCCAUCUGGCCGGCGGCGAUGAUGGCGCGCGUCAUCGACCGGGCGGACGCCGCGGGGCUGCAGUGCGCGGUGCACGCGAUCGGGGACCGGACCAUCACGCAGACCAUCGACGCCUUCGCGCGCCUCAACGACCGGCACCGGCCGCUGUCCUCACACCGCCCGCGGCACCGCAUCGAGCACCUCGAGCUGGCCUCGGAGCGCGACGCCAAACGCCUGGGCGACCUGGGCAUCACGGCGUCCGUGCAGCCCGUGCACUCGGACCCGGCGCUGUUCAAGGCCUGGCCCGCGCUGCUGGGCACGCACCGGUGCCGGCGCGCGUUCCCGUACCGCGAGUUCCUCGAGGCCGGCGCCCCCUUGGCCUUCGGCACCGACGCCCCCACCGCCGCGCACCUCCCGCUGCCGAACCUCUACAACGCCACCACGCGCCGGUCGGCCAUCGAGCCCGCCUCGCUGGACAGGACGACCCCACAGUUCGCCGUCUCGCUGGCCGCGGCGCUGAAGGCCGCCACGGCGGGAGCGGCGUACUCGCGUCACGCGGAGCGGUGGAUGGGCAGUCUGCAAAAGGGCAAGAGCGCCGACUUUGUCAUGCUUGACACGGACUGGACGCCCGAGGGCCUGCUGGCCGCGAGGGUGCGGCAGACCUGGUUUCAGGGCCGGAAGGAAUUUUGAUAUUGUAUAAGAUUGGAACACUUGGAAGACACAUGUCUGAGAAACAUUGCUGCCAGUUCGGGAACAGCGUAGGAAUUCCCCAAGAAAUUAUUCGAUAAGCUUGGUGGCAUAUUUGAGGGAGUCGAGAGGCAUGAAACUGUGUCAAAACACUUCGUUGCAUAGUAUUAAUACAUAGGAGCUACCGGAUGUGAAAAC